AUCAUAAGUUAGAGCUUAUAUAAACAUGUAGCAAAAAAUGUAAAUGCUCAACACCAAGGUUUUAAAUUAGGGAAACCAUAUUUCACUAGAAACGCUUGGAUUAAACAAUGUGAAAGCUGAAAGGAACUGAAGCUUCGCAUUUUCUACUACAAGAUGGCUCCCCUGUAUCGUUAUAGUUUGUGUCGAUGUAGAGUUGUAGACGACACUGCGUGAGCCAAAGGAGUAAACGCGGAAUUGUCAAAUGAACGUAGAUGAACUACGAGAGAAAGGAAAUGCCUGUGUUAAAGAAGGCAAACAUGAGGAGGCCGUCUUGCAUUACAGCGCAGCGAUACAAUCAGCGAUCCAAACAACCAACCAUGCGUUAUACUACAAAUUUGAAUUUUUUGGCCUACAAAGAUUUGCUAAACGUACAAAAUUACCAGAUUGGGCAAAAGGUUAUUUUCGCAAAGCUGAAGUAGAAAUGGCAACAUUCCAUUUUGAAAAGGCUCUAACCUCAUAUUCCAUGGCAUUCCGCCUCCAAAAAGAUGAUUGUUCUCUCAUUGAUUCAAUGAGGAAAGCUGGUAGAGAAUUAAAAAAGGAUCAGAGAGCUGACAGACAAAUUCCAUGGCUUGGUGCUGGAAUUGGGAUAAUAGUUGGUGUUAUUAUUGUUCUUGCUGAUUAUUUAAUUGUGGACAAACCUGUUUUGGUGCACCCAAUUCUCAAAGUGCUAAUGACCAUUGCAAUUUCUUUCAUUGGUUUUGGAUUCUGUAAGUUGUACAGAUAUUAUGUUAAGAAUCAAAGAGAUUCUUUACUACAGCCUCCCUUUGAUCUCUCUGGCGAAAAUGAUUCUCUUGAUAAUAACAGUCAUGAAGAACCUAAUGGCAACGGCGGGAGCACCAGGAUGCCUGAAGGACGAGAUAAUCAGAAGAAAUUCACAAAAGCCCAGGCAAGACACCGGUAUCGAAAAGGCAAAUCAAACUGAUUUUUAAAAGCUAAAAUUAUACUGCCGACUGAUUUCUUAUUGCUGUCGCUUCACCCAUUUACAAUUCCAAGUUUCAAUUUACUAACUGUUUACUAUGUUACUGAACCGCAUGUGUCAGAGGAUCAAUUUCAAGAUAGAUGGCAGCGCAAUCGUACUAGCAGACAGAACAUUUGUAAAUACAAGGGAAGUUCAAUGA